CCAUAAACUUCACGUUCUAACAUUUCUUCCUCUCAUCUAAUUCUUAUCAUACCAACUUUUCUUUAGUUUUUUAGUUACUUAUCUAUCUAAUUAUUUCUUUAGUUUAUUGCACCUAGCAUAUCAAAUCUUUUCUUGUGUUAUAUAUACUAUACUAUACAUUUUCCUGUAUUAAUUAAUCUUUGUAUAAACUAAUUCACAGGCCAUUGAUCUAUUUAUUUUGACAAAAAAGAUCAUCAUUCACUUCACCUAUUUUAAUUUAGUUUCCUAGUUUUUCUUCUUCUUUUUCAAUGGAUACUGUUUUGAGUCCAAACACAAAAGAACAAUCAUUUGCUACAACAAACAAGCAAAUAAGAAUCAAAACUUCAAAGAAAAACAAACGAGGUAGUAACAAUUUCAUUUCUUCUAAUACAUCUCAGAAUUUUGCCACGUAUGCAGGUUUAUUGAAUCUUCCUCAACAACAACAACAACCACCUCUGUUACCUCUGCCACAUGUUUCUGCAACUCUUCAUCACAAACCUUUGCUUUCACGAAGCCUUAACACUCAAAGUUUGUCUCUAACACCUAAGAAAACCAAACCAAAAAAGAGAGAAGAAGAAACAAAGAAGAAAUCAGGAACCAUAUCGGUAUCGGAUUUUCUUAUGGAUAAUCCAUGGGGACCCGACCCGAAAGAUCUUCCGAAAAAUCUACCAGUUGUUAUUGGAAACAUGGACGUUUUUUCUGAGUCAGUUUUCAAUCUUGCUCCACCACCUAGUAGCUUGCCUUUGCCAAAGUUUUUCUUGAGAUCAAAACUUAGUUGCAACACAGAAGCUGCGGUGGCAGCGGGUAGUUUUGUUGAUCACGGAGCAACCAAUAAUCUCCGGCGACUUCUACACCUCCGGUGAAGUUCUUAUUUGUCAACCACCUCAUAUUUACAGGGGGACUUAUUAAUUACUCUCUCUAGUUCUAAAUAUAUAAAAAAAAAAUUGGAUCGACUAAUUUGAUGUAACUGAUCCAACUUCUAUUAAGUUAUCUUUUUUAUAUUUAGAACUAGAGAUAGUAAUUAAUUAGACUAUAUGCGAAUAAAAUAAUCGGUGAGGGUAAUUUUGCCGAUUUUGUUUUUGUUGUAGUUGAAUUUGUGUGUGACUGCCUAUGUUGUUUUUGAAUUAGGGGUGCACAGAAACGAUGUGUGCAUAUAUGAUUAUUGAUUAUGCACCAUCGCCAAAUUCCAUAAGUAGGUACUAUGUUUCUUCUUAGUAUUUUAUAAGAAUAAUUUUUAAUUCCGUAAGUAGUACUAUGUGUAAUUGUAAUCUCUUAUUUUGUGAGAAUGAUUGCAAAUUUGUGUUGGAAA